GCUCGUGCAGUGUGGUCGAGGACAGGGACCGCGCACCAUGGCCGGCGCCGCGCGGCACCUGUCUCUGCGAGUGGACCUGUCGACGCCCCCCGGCCGCGGCGGCGCCCGGCUGUACCCGGCGCCCAGCGAGGGCAGUCUGACGGAGCCCGAGACACCCAGCCCGGCUGUGGAGAGGCGCGAUGCCUUCUCCGCGCCGUCUGCGGCCGAGCGCGGCGCCCGGGGCGGUGACCCGGCCGGUGACCCGGCCGGUGACCCGGCCGGUGACCUCGGGGACCGGCUGGGGGAGCCUUCCCAGCUGCGCCGGCUGCGCUGGCUGCCCGGCGAUACCCCUCCCAUGCAGAGAGCGCUCUCCCGGAUGGAGAUCGAGUCUCUGCGGGACCGGAAGAGACUGGCCCAUCUCAGGGAACUGGAGAGGCUGCUUCGCCUGGGGGCGCACCAGGAGCCGAGCAGGAGGCUGUCGAUCCGCCACCGGCCCGAACUGACGGCCGACCAGUUUACAGAGCUCAUGCAGCUGUCGGAGACGGCUGACCAUUUAUUUGGUCUGUUCGACUGGGACGGGGCCGGCUUCCUGGACCAACAGGAGUGGAUCGAGUUCCUCAAGGAGAAAAUCGACACCGGCCAUGACCGGGAGCUGGUCGAGGUGAUCGAGACAGCCGCCUACCUCGUCUGUGGACUGAGAAGGGUGGACAGAGACCGCUUCGGACUCAUCGUCGCAGCCAAGGGCGUCGGCCCGAAACUCUACCGCGCCGUCCAGGAGCGAGGGCAUGUCACAGUGAAACGGAUCAUGGAGUUCAUCGCCAACCUCAGCAACGCCAGGCCGCGCAAUGGGUUCGCGAAGGAGAACCUGGAGUGGCUGGAGGGCCUGUUCCGCGACCAGCUCGGCGACUCGGAGGAACUGCACCUGGAGGACUUCAAAAAGAUCGUCCAGACUAAAAACCCGUUUUUCGCGGAGCGGGUGUUCCAGAUAUUCGACAAGGACAGCAGCGGCACGGUGUCGCUGCAGGAGUUCCUCGACGCCAUGCACCAGUUCGCCGGACAGUCACACGACGACAAGAUCCGCUUCCUCUUCAAGGUCUACGAUCUCGACGGUGACGGUCUGAUCCAGCACCGCGAGCUGCAGCACGUGAUGCACGCCUGUAUGGAGGAGAACGGCAUGAAGUUCAGCGAGGAGCAGAUCGAGGACCUGACCGCCGCGCUCUCCGAGGACGCCGAUGUGGAGGCCCAGGGCGCCAUCACCUACGAGGCGCUGAAGGCGCAGCUGGCCAAGCACGAGGGACUGCUGGAGAACCUCUCCAUCAGUAUCGACCGCUGGCUGGUGCCGCCGCAGCCCAGGAACCGGCUCUCGAUCCUGCGCAAGCUGAGCUCGGUGAAGCCGUACCAGUUCUCUCUGCCCUACAUCCGAAACAACUACGCCUACCUGGCCUUCCUCUUCGCCUUCAUCGCCGUCAACGUCGGCCUCUUCGUCGGCCGCUGUGUCGAGUUCAGGGACUUCCCCGGGUUCUACAUUUUGGCUAGGGCCUGCGGCCAGACUCUGAACUUCACGAGUGCGUUCAUCAUCGCCGUGAUGCUGCGGAACGUCAUCACGUUCGCUCGCUCGCACGGCCUCGGCUCGAUCCUGCCGCUGGACGAGCACAUCUACUUCCACAAGAUGGCCGGCAUGCUCACCUUCGUCUACAGCCUGACACACACGUUCGCCCACCUCUGCAACCUUGCGAUCAACGUGGUGCCGCCGGACGGGGCGCUGCACGCGCUCAACGAGGGCAACUUCACCUACGCCGAGUGGCUGCUGACGAUGCGCCCGGGAAAAUUCGGUCUGGUGGCGGGCAUUGCCAACCCUAGCGGCGUGGCCCUCAUGGUCAUCCUCACCGUGAUGGUCAUCUGCUCACAGCCGUUCGUCAGGAAAAAGGGCAACUUUGAGGUGUUUUACCGGACGCACCUGCUGUACGUGCCGUACAUGAUCCUGCUAAUCCUGCAUGGACCCAACUUCUGGAAGUGGGUGAUCGUGCCGGGGGUCAUCUACCUGCUGGAGCGGAUGGUGCGCUUCCUGCGCUCCCGGACCGGUCAGGGCAGGACCUACAUCAGCUCCGGCAUCCUGCUGCCAUCCAAAGUCACACACCUGGUGAUUCGGCGUCCCUCCAGUCUCGUCUACCACCCGGGCGAUUAUCUGUUCGUCAACAUCCCGGUGAUCGCCAAAUACGAGUGGCAUCCGUUCACCAUCAGCAGCGCUCCCGAACAGGACGACACCCUGUGGCUCCACAUCCGUGCCGUGGGCGGGUGGACGAACCGACUCUACGACUACUUCGAGGAGGAACAGCUCAAAAUCGAGUGCAUGGAGGAGGUCAAAGGCGGACCGGAGAACUGCGCCUCCGAAAAGUGCCAGCGGAUCCUCAAACCGGAGGAAACCAGCAUACAGAAAAUACAAAAAUCGAUGAAGAAGCUGGCGAUUACCGGAGAGAAGGAGCGGGAGCGUCGGAUCAGUUUCAGCACCAAGCCGCCGGAGAUCCUGUCGGACGGAACGGAGAACGGCGCCUUCACACACGACCAGGAGCCCGUCAGCAUGGAGCCCAUCGACGAGGAGGAGCCCGGCCAGGAUAUUACCGAUCAACAUAUGACGUCACUGGACGAGACCAACAACGGUCUGUUCGGAAUCAAGAAAGUGCCGCUGCUCAAGGCCAUCUCCCUGCCAGACAUGCAGCAUAGAAUGAAGACGAGGGAAAAACUGCUGGCACUCCGGAACCAGGUUCGCUCCAACUCGGAGCGCAUGUUCGACGACAAAGCCAUGCAGCGAGCGCGGGCCCAGCUAGCAGACCUACCCUAUCUGAAACGUGGUGAACCGGUACUUAAAAGCGUAUCUACGAGUCCCCAGAACAAGUCUGUGGCGCGCAGUUUCCGCUACAUGCGCCGCAAGCCGACCAUCAUCGCGUUCAAGACGCCCUCCCAGGACAGCCUGGAGCUGGCCAAACGGGAGCAGGAGACGCAGGAGGAGCAGGAGCAGCGCCGCGCCGAGGAGGGGCGCGCGCAGACCGUGGCGCUGCCCAACGGGGCAGAGCUGAGGUACCCCGUCGGAAAACCGCUCGAGAUCUACCUGGACGGUCCGUACGGCACUCCGUCCAGCCACAUUUUCCGCGCGCAGCACGCUGUGCUGAUCGGCACCGGGAUCGGCGUCACACCGUUCGCCUCCAUCCUGCAGUCCAUCAUGUACCGCUACUGGAAAAACUGCCACCGCUGUCCGCGCUGCCAGCACGAGUGGACCGCAGAGCUGCCCGCCUCCGUCAUGAACCUCAAAAAGGUGGACUUUUUCUGGAUCAACCGCGACCAGCGUUCGUUCGAGUGGUUCGUGAACCUGCUCUCUCAGCUGGAGAUUGAACAGGCCGAGCAGGGAGGCGUCAUGGACCGCUUCCUCGACAUGCACAUGUACAUCACGUCGGCGCUGCAGAAGACGGACAUGAAGGCCGUGGGCCUGCAGCUGGCCCUCGACCUGCUUCACAAAAAGGAGAAGCGCGACAUGAUCACCGGCCUGAAGACGCGGACGAUCGCGGGCCGGCCCAACUGGAACAAGGUGUUCCGUCAGAUCCAGGAGCAGAAGAAGGGCAAGGUGACGGUGUUCUUCUGCGGACCGCCGCAGCUCUCCCGCACGCUGCGCUACAAGUGCGACGAGUUCGGCUUCAAGUUCCGCAAGGAGAACUUCUGAGGGCAUGGCUCAGACCGACUCGUCAAGUUCCUCAAGGAGAGCUGCUGUUGCAGGCUCCGCGCCGUCUUCCAUGUGUUGAGCUGUUCGGACUCCAAGAGCUGCCCGCUUGGCGUCAGGUUUCUUGAGGACAGCUUUAGUGAUUUUCCUUUCCCUAAGUUAUUCACACUCCGAUCAACGAUGAGAAGAUGAGAAAAAUGCUUGAUUUCCUUGCCACGUUUAUUCGGCAAUUAAUUUCAAUUACGUUUCUAGAUCGUAAUCCGCCCAAGCUUAAAGCUAUCAAUGUAGCAUGACGCAUUGUAGGAUCAUGUUUUGCGCGCCAAUCAUAAAUCGAAGUCCACAUGUUCAUGGUUAUAUACAGGAAGUCAAACUCCGCAAGUUCGCCGUGCGUAACCAGGCUGAAUAAGGCUCAAAAUGUUGCAGAUACGAGGGAGUGCAUUUUCGUACACCCCCCACUACUCGAUAAGCCCCAUCCUGCCGGACAUUGCUGCCAUUGAACGAACAUCUUCUAUCAAACAAACAACAGACCCGUGAGGCUUCAAUAGUUACCAAGCGUGUGCGUGGGAACUACAAGUUGAAUGAGUUUUGUGUAGGAGCGAUAAGAACGUGAGUGUAUGACGCUGUAAGGAAUGGCCCUAUAUUUAUAUGUUAGGAGUGGUGUUAUGAAUGAGAGCCUGUGUCCGAUUACUGAUCGACAAACACGAGCGCAAUGCGCCUGGUGAUUGCCAUCGUUUAGACGGAUGAAUGACGAGCAGGCCGUAUCAGCUGGAUUGUGCGGUCUGAGAACGUAUACCUUUUUGAGAUAUUAUACCUCUUUGAUAUUUUCUCGUUGAAGGGUAUGCUGUAAUUACUAAUAUAGUAUCGUCUUUGAAUAAUACAGUAUUUAUGAAAA